AUGUCCGACAAGAGGAACGACGACUACGUCGUCCCGAUGCCCGGCCAGAGCUAUGAGCUCAAGGGCGCCGCGAGCGACACUUCGUCGCAACGCCCGACGAGCCAGCGCAGCGAUGCACCCGCAAGACCGGCCUCCGGUUUCACCAACAGCCCGAGCGCUUCCAUCCUGGGCUACUGCCUGGCUUCCAUCUCCAUGACCGUUGUCAACAAGUACAUCGUGUCUGGGAGCGACUGGAAUCUCAUGUUUCUGUACUUGGCUAUUCAGUCUGCAGUGUGCAUAAUCGCGGUGCUGGCGUGUCAGCAGAUGGGGCUGCUGACUCUGGAGCGCUUUGAUGUUGAACAAGCAAAGAAAUGGUUUCCCAUUUCCGUCCUCCUGGUCGCCCAGAUCUACACAGGCGGAAAGGCAUUGCAAUUCCUCUCAGUUCCGGUGUUUACGAUUUUCAAGAACCUGACCAUCAUCGUUAUUGCGUAUGGGGAGGUCCUCCUCUCUGGAGGCCGCGUAAUGCCUCUUGUUCUCUUCUCGUUCGGCCUGAUGGUUUUCAGCUCCAUGAUCGCUGCCUGGGCAGACGUGAAAGCGGCCACGGACGCGGACAUCCACCCUUCGGAGACUUCAGAUGCGCUCAAGACGCUAAAUGCAGGAUACGCAUGGAUGUUCGCCAAUGUCUUUUGCUCGGCUGCGUAUGUUCUCGGGAGAGGACGGAUGAUCAGGAAAUUAAAGACCAAAGACUGGGACACCACGUUCUACAACAACCUGCUGAGCAUCCCUGUCCUAGUAAUCGGGUCUCUGCUCGUCGAAGACUGGUCCUCGGCGAACCUGGCGAAGAACUUCCCCGAAGAGACGCGCCGCAGCCUCUUCAUCGGCAUGGUGUAUUCGGGCCUCGGCGCCAUCUUCAUCUCGUACGCAAGCGCCUGGUGCCAGCGGGCGACAUCGUCCACAACCUACUCAAUGGUCGGCGCGCUCAACAAGCUCCCGAUCGCAAUCAGCGGGUUCAUCUUCUUCGACGCGCCCGUCACGCUUGGGGGCGUCUCUGCUAUCUUCUUGGGCUUUGUGAGCGGGAUCGUCUACGCUUGGGCGAAGAUACGUGAGAAGGAGAUGGCUCGGAUGACUUUACCAACGGCGAAAUGA